AUGCGUCUCUCCGCGUCCGUUCUAUUUGCUGCCAUGAUUGGUUCCUCCAUGGCUCAGACAUAUGUUGGAAACUGUGCUGUCGACACUGCAUCUUGGAGCUCGGAAGCAGAUCAAAGAGCCUGUUGCCCAGGCAAGGUCUCACAGUAUGCUCAAAACUGGGAAUGUUGUAUUCCUCAGUCUGCAUACACAAGCUACCGCAGCUGCUGUCUCGGCCGUGGCAAGGUGGCGUCCUUGGGUGGUACUCAAUGCUCUUGA